UCUCCCCUUAUCUUUUUCUUCUUUAUCUUCUUUUUUUUUUCCUCUUUGUUUUUGCUGUUAAUGUCUGGCUGCCCAUAUCUUUGCAUAUAUCUUCCUUUUUGUUUUUAUAUGCAUUUCGACUUUUGGAUAGAUUUCUAUGACACCAGAAUGAUAACACCAGAAUGAUAAUGCUAUUGCUGUAGAAGAUUAGCACCGGUGUGCAUCUUUUUCUUUGUUUUUUUUUUUUGUUUUUUUUUAAUGAAAAAAGUACCUGUAAGUUAAAUAAUGUACGUUUCGGAGCGGUAAUAUUUUCAGCAUGUUGCAUUUUUCAUGUUGUGAUGUUUUUGUCUUGUUGCUAAAUUGAGUUCGCCUUUUUUCUACGUAAAGUAGCAAUAGUCUUCCGAUUUCUUUUGAUCUAUUUUAUUGGAUGAAUUGUUGUUUUGAAAAUUGCUCUUGCAAUAAGAGUUGCCAAUUCGUUUUGUUUUAUGUUUGUUUUUUAUGCACACAUCUGUUUUGCAAACUUGCAGAACGGAAUCCUUUUGCGCAGUGUACGGAAACGCUUUGCUUUGCGUUCUACCACCUCCGCCUUUUCUCGUAGUCCCCGUUGCGGGCUGACAAUUUUAUCAAAACAUGUAAAUCCAUACAGCAAGACGAUGUUAGGUGCUUGGAUGAUACUUUGCUAUUGAAAGGCGCGAAUGCAGACCUUUGCUAACACAGACAGUUUACUGAACUGCAUCAUUGAAGUCCUAUCUGGAGCUAUUUUGAACUUCAGAGCAAGAGCAUCGGGACCCAGCAGCAGCGAUCACUCCAGUGUGUCCACCUCGCUGUGAUUAGACAGAUAAAAAGGAGAAAAUGUCUCUCAAAGUCCAGACCAGUAACAUCACCAACAAGAAUGACCCCAAGUCCAUCAACUCACGAGUGUUCAUCGGGAACCUCAACACGGCGGUGGUGAAGAAGAGCGACGUGGAGACCAUCUUUUCCAAAUAUGGGCGUGUGCUAGGAUGCUCCGUACACAAAGGCUACGCGUUCGUCCAGUACGCCAGCGAGAGACACGCUCGUGGUGCCGUCAUCGGAGAGAACGGUCGCGUCCUCGCAGGACAGACGCUAGAUAUAAAUAUGGCCGGUGAACCCAAGCCAAACAGACCGAAAGGGCUAAAGAGAUCUGCGGCUGCUCUGUACAGCGGUUAUGAAUUUGACUAUGACUACUACAGAGAGGAUUUUUAUGACAGGCUGUUUGAGUAUCGAGGGCGAGUCUCUCCAGUUCCGCGGGUCCUCCCAGGAAAGCGCCCCCGAGUGGCCAUGCCCCUGGUGCGCAGGGUGAAGUCGCUGCCAGUCAAACUGCUGUCACGGUCCUCCGUCAUACCCAACAGCUCCGUCAAACAGAAGUCUGUGAGAACGAACGAGCUGCAGGCCAUCAAGCUAGAGCUGACCCAGAUCAAAUCCAACAUCGACGCCCUCCUGGGCCGGCUGGAACAGAUCAGCGAGGGCAACCUCAGUGCCACAGAGCUGCGGAAGUCAGAGGAGAGAAACUGCGACGUCUCUCAGGACGAAUCCGGCUCGGACACGGAGGACCUGCCGGGGGAGGCACUGCAAAGCGAGGCAGAGGAUGGGGAGGAAGAGGACGAGGGUGUGCAGGACGAGUGCGAAGAGGACAUGGACAAUAACCACCUGUCAGAAAUGGAGUCCAUUCUGCAAUAAAAGAAACAUCUUAAUGUUGCCCUUCCUUUUCUUGUACAGCCAGAACGGAGUUGGAGAAGAGCUGUCGACUGCAAAUCGUUUAGGCACCACAGGCAUGGCGGAGGGAUGAGCUGGAGCAGCGGGGGGCCAUCAGGCCUGGGGCUCGGCCUUCAGUCAGUCAGUCAGACAGACAGACAGACAGACAGACAGGAGGAGCCUGCCCGAGAAGCAGACUGUGUCACUGCUCCUCCCAAAACACUGGCUGACUCUCACAGGUUAAAUAACCAGGGCCCUAUUGGAUAAACAAACGCUCAACAUCAAUCGCGGACAUUUCAGUAGCUUGUGGGGUCCAAAUAAAGAAAAAGAAAAAAAAAAGUGAAAAUGAACAUUUCAAAGUUUGUAAAAAUCUAAUAAAAGGACGGAUAUUUUGUAUGCUACCAAAUCUUGUGAGCCCCCCCCCCCCCUCUUUGUCCCCCAUCAAUCCCACCGCAAGCCCUACUCUGUUCAGUCUUUUGUGUUUUACAGUAUGUUUCUGUUGGUUUAUAUAUUCCAAUCUUAUGCAUAUUCAAAUGUUAUUUUUAAUUACUUGUGCAUAGUUCUUUCAGGACUGCAGGAGAUCUUUACAGCUGUAAAUAAACAAAGUGAACUUCUGGCCUGUGCAUCUGUGAGAGACAAAAGAAUUUCAGAUCAUUACAUCCUCAUCAGUGUCAUCACCCCAGUGAUCUAGAUAUGGAUCAAAUCCUACCACAUGGUUUUAAGUAUUUAUAACACGCAGCAUCCAUGCACAUUUAUUUCUAAUAUUUUUUUAUUAGUUAAAUUUUACUCUUUAUUUGCUUUACUGAUCAUAAAAUCACUCUUCACAUUGUGCAAAUGAAAGCCAGGUUUUUAGCAAACAGAUCCAUUACUCAGCCAUUUGGAUGAAGUGCAGCACUACCAAACUGAAGCCAGGUUCAACAUAAGACAUGAGUGAUCACUCGUCACCAAUCAAUCCACUCAGAACAUUUGUCUGUCCUCAGUAGAAGGGAACCUGGUCAUUAGGGUUGCAUAUACUGUGCAGUCUUACAAUUUAUGUUCUUUUGACUCCAUACUUUGACAUAUUGUAUUUGAAAUGAAACAAUGAAUAAGGGAUUACGGUGACUGUCUCCUUUCUGUUUUCAUCCAUAUUGGGUUAUUUGUGUUGGAAUUACAUGCCUACUCCCCCCAUUUUAGGGUACCAAAAGUAAUUGGACUGUUGGCUUCUCAGCUGUUUAUGUUAAGCCAGGUGUCUUCAAUUGCUUCCUUAGUGCAGGUGAAUUUCUCAGUAUCUAGUCUUGAUUCUCAUCUUUGGUUGCCUUUGGAGUCUGUUAUUGGUUUUUGGCCAGGUUACAAGGGGCACCUAAAAGAAUACCUUAAAGGUAAUUAAAUAGAUAAUUUCGGACUCCUAACGGUCAAGAGAGGAAUUUCGGCAACAAACACCCUCAAGCCUCAACACUGCUUAUCCUUCCCCAUUGGCUGUGGCAAUUAGAACCAAUUUUCAACCAAUUACCUUGAAUUAUUGUACAGCUGUACACUGUUUUGGUACAGCAUGUCGGUGCAUCAACUGUAUAUUUUGAAACCCAAAUUCAAACACAGGCAGAGGGUAAGUCAACAUGCCUUUUCCAAUGAUAGAAAGGGAUUUGCAAUGGUCUUGUAACAAUGUUUUAACACAAAAAUCUUACCUAUUGUACCUAAGAGCCUGCACGGUUAGCUUGUAUCAGAGGGAUGGCAAGAGCAAAGUAUGGAAGCUAAAAGGAAUUUCCCAAGAACCAAAGCACACCCGCUAAUCUGUGAAACAUGGUGGUGGGAGUGUUAUAUUUUGCCCAUGUAUGGCUGUCACAGGUGCUGGCUCACAUGCCUUCACUGAUACCAGUUUUCAUGAAGAUAAUAAAAAUUAAAAAAAAUGUU